GGGGGGUUUCAAUAGACAUGGAUAUGUUUAGAGCUGCUGGAAUAGUCUUCUAAAUUAUAACUCGCUUGAAUGCUGCUGACCUAGUCCAUCCAUCUUCUCUCCCAGAAAUCUGAAGAGCAGCAAAACAGGAAGGAUAUAAAAAGGUGGGAAAAAAGGAAGCAACUCAGAAACAAAUGGAUCUCGUCAAGCAUGCUUUUGGAGAGAAUUGCUGAAACCUAGGAGGACAAACAAAGCAAAGCAGCACAGGAGAAAGUGUGUUAGCAGCAACUCAUUUGUUUAAGAAGUUCCAUGCUUUUGACUCUCCAGGUCUGAAAAUGCAGACACUUCACAGAAACAUGAGCGUGUUUCGGCAAACUAAAAUAUUGUUAUGGAAAAAUGUCCUUACCAAAUGGAGGAGGAAAAGGCAGAGCUUUCAGGAAUGGAUCCUGUCACUACUUUUUCUCUCUCUGGUGUAUAUAAUUUCAUUGUACUCACAUUAUUUCUUCCGUCGAGACGUACCUUAUGCCUUCCUUGGGCAAUUAAAUGGUUCUACCUCUGAUGUGUCUCUCAUUGCUUAUACACCGGUGACGAGCACCACCAAGGAAAUAAUGAAUAAAGUGGCUUCCAAAUCAGUCAUGAUGGGUAUUCACACAGAAGGAGUGGAAGAUGAGAAGGUUCUGGAAGUGAGAGAGCAUUCAGAACAGACAUUUUUCGGGGUUGUAUUUAAAGAUGACCUGUCAUAUCUUUUGAGGCAUAGUUGGAAAACACCUUUUCCAAAUGACAACUUUGGACACACAGAUCUCUGUUACAAUUUUUCAUCAACUUACUGUAAGAACCCAGAGUACUGGUACAAAGGGUUUUUAGCACUACAGUCCAGCAUUGAUGCUGCCAUCAUAGAAAUGAAAACCAAUCAUUCUGUCUGGAAAGAGAUGAAAUCAAUUAGCGGUGUCCGUAUGAAAUCAUCCAGUCUCCUGAAUUCCAUGACUUGGGGAAUUUAUUUUACCCUGUUUGUUACUGCAAUGUGUUUCUCUACAUUUUUGCAAGUUUUGUCCACAAAUAUGACAAGAGAGAAAAGAAAUAUCAAGGUAUUGAUGAAGAUGAUGGGGUUACAAGACUCAGCAUUCUGGCUCUCCUGGAGUUUGCUGUAUACUGCUUAUGUUUUCAUUAUGUCCUGCCUGAUGACAGCUGUUUCUUUUUAUGAAGAGUUCUAUCUAAGCAGCUUCUUUCCAAUUGUAUUCUUGUUUUUCCUUUAUGGCAUUUCAGCCAUCCACUUCACCUUCCUGAUCAGCUCCAUCUUUAAGAAGCCUAAAACCACUAGCACUGUUGUGUUCCUCCUCUUAUUUCUCUCUGGAUUUUUGAGUAUUAUUCUACUGAUAAGGAAGCCUCCUGUAGCUUUUGAAUGGGUUUUUGGUUUCCUCAGCCCUUUUGUUUUUAAUGCUGGAAUUGCAAAGGUUUUUCACUUAGAGCAGUAUGGAAUAGGCUUCUAUUUUUCUAACCUAAUGGAUGAAUCAUCCUUUUUACUUAAAAUUUAUAUCAUCCUGAUUAUUGACUCAAUUUUGUAUAUGCUGUUGGCUGUCUAUUUUGACAAGGUUUUGCCUGACAAAUAUGGAACACCAUAUCCCCCUUUGUUCUUCCUGAAGUCGUCAUACUGGGUCAAAAGCCAGCGGCGUUAUGAUAGUGGGAGAUCUGAAUUUGAACAAAACUGUGAUCAUGCUUUUGGUGAUAAUGUGGAACCAGUGCCUCCAGAAUUUGCUGAAAAGGAAGCCAUCAGGAUCAGCAAUAUUAAAAAAACAUAUGGCAAGAAGGAGAAGCAAGUAGAAGUGUUGAGAGGUUUGUCCUUAAAUAUUUAUGAAGGCCAGAUCACUGCAUUACUUGGUCACAGUGGAGCUGGAAAAACUACAUUGCUAAAUGUGCUUAGUGGACUCACUGAAGCUUCUGAGGGUUCUGCCACCAUAUUUAACCACUGGUUGUCUGAAGUGAGAGACAGGGAUAGAAUCAAAGAAAGAAUUGGGUUCUGUCCACAAUUCGAUCUCCAGUUUGAAGCUUUAACAGUGAAGGAAAAUUUGCAGGUUUUUGCUGGAAUCAAAGGGAUCCUGUCCAGUGAGGCAGAGUGUGAGGUGAAAAAUGUCUUAACACAGUUGGAUAUGAUCCACAUACAGGACAAACAAGCAGAUAAAAUAAGCAGUGGACAAAAAAGGAGUUUAUCUCUUGGUAUUGCCAUGUUGGGAAAUCCCCAGGUUCUGCUGUUAGAUGAGCCAACUGCUGGGAUGGAUUCCUUUUCCAAGUAUCAGGUGUGGAACCUGCUGAAAGACAGUAAAGCUGGUCGAGUGACUCUGUUCAGUACACGGUUUAUGCAUGAGGCUGAUAUCCUGGCAGACCGCAAGGCCUUUAUCUCACAUGGGAAGCUAAAAUGUGUUGGUUCAUCUCUGUUUUUGAAGAAAAAAUGGGGGAUUGGUUAUCACUUAAGGAUGCGUACCAGUGAGCUCUGUCACUCGGAGGAGAUGACCUCCUUGGUCAAAGAGUACAUCCCUAAUGCCACAUUCUCAGGACAGAGGGAAAAUGAACUGGAAUAUGUUUUGCCAUUAGAAACAGUGGAUAAAUUUCCAGAUCUGUUCUGUGGCCUAGACAGUCACUCUGACCAAGGGAUUAUCAAUUAUGGAGUUACCAUGACAAGUCUGGAAGACGUUUUCCUGAAACUGGAGGGAGAAGAGGCAAUUGCUGAAGGCACUAGUUCCUUGUUAGGUGAUGGCGUCUUCAGUGAGGAGCAGGCAGAAGAGGAAAAAGAGCUCUUUUCUGUGGAUGGAAUAGAACAAGAUCUGUCACCCUCGGACAUUCAAAGGACAGCUGUAACUGGCAUGGCUCUCUGGAGACAGCAAGUCUGUGCCAUGGCAAGACUUCACCUCUUAAGGCAGAAGAAAGCAAGCAAAACCUUCAAGUCCAUAUUACUGCUAUCUACAGUUCUUCUGUUACCUUUGAUUUUGGAAUUUCUCCUGAUGGGCAUCUGGUUUCUUAACAAAUCUUGGGAGAUGUCUUCUGCUCUAUAUUUUCGUCCUCUUGGAAUGAAGGCUGACAAGGAAUACAAGGACUACACAAGUCUUCUGAUCCUUAAUGAAACAGGCUCCAACAUUGAUGACUUCAUCCACAAUCUGGAGAAGCAGAACAUAGCAUUGGAUAUAACCAGCAAGGAAAAUACAAUGGAGAGGUUAAUGCACAAUGGAGCCAUAAAGGUUGCCCGUGACAACCAGAACUACAACUUUACCAUUCUGUGCCACUUGGAAGUAACCAACUGCUAUCCUGUGCUUAUGAACAUCAUUAGCAAUGCGCUGCUGGCAGCUUCAAAUUUUACUGGGCACAUUCGAGUCUGGAAUAGUCCAUUUUUUAAUAUACAUGACGGAUUCUGGGACUAUUUUGUUAAUUUCUUCCUUCUCUAUAUGCUGCUUUUACUUCCUGGCUUCUUUCCUCACUUUACAAUGAAUCACAUUCAGGAUUACAAGAGAAAAGCUCGGUCUCAGCUGCGUAUCUCUGGGCUCUUCCCUUCAGCUUACUGGUGUGGACAGGCACUGGUGGACACUUCCUUGACCUGGAUUCUUCUCAUCUUCGUGUUUGGGAUGUAUUUUGCAAUGAGCAAACAAUAUUUUUGGGAUGUUUCUCUCAUAUUCUCUCUGAUCACAUGCUGUAUUGGCUAUGGAAUUUCUAUGGUCCUGUUUCUGUAUUUAAUUGCCUUCAUAUUUUGCAAGGGAUGCAGCAGUCUAUUUUUGUCUUGUGCCCUCAUCGCGGUAACUACAGCUACCUUUACACUCAGCGAAGUCCUUCAGUUUACUUUUAAUCUCCGAAUUUCCAGUUUACUCAUCUCCAUUUUCAUUCCUCUGUAUCCGUUAAUAGGCUUUGUAAUUGCUGUUCCCAGGGUUUUCGACUUUUAUCAACUUUUGGGCAAUAGCAAGAAUGAAUUAUUCGUAGCCGUCUUUGCACCUUACAUCCACUGUGUGGCUUUCAUUUUCCUGCUUCGAUAUUUGGAAAUGAAAUAUGGAAGAGCAGUUCUGAGAGGGGAUCCAGUUUUUAGAAUCUCCCCAAGGAAAGAGCCUUGCCAUCAGAAUCCUGAAGAGCCAGAAGAGGAGGAUGAAGAUGUUCAAACAGAAAGGGCAAAGAUUAGGCAUGCAAUAGCUUCUCAGCAUGAGGGGGAGAAACCAUUGAUCAUUGUCAGUAAUCUACGCAAGGAAUAUGAAGUCAAGAAAGCUGGUUCUGUUUUUAAGAAUAAGAAGAAAGUUUCUGUUAAAAACAUCUCGUUUUGUGUGAAAAAAGGAGAGAUAUUUGGACUGCUGGGACCCAGUGGAGCUGGAAAAAGCACAACCAUAAAUAUGAUCGCUGGAGAGACCACACUGAGUGCUGGGCAGGUGCUGGCAGAGGGGAAGGAUGCAGCUGGAUCUCAACUGGAAGCCAGCGCCCCUGGCUUCCUAAGCUACUGCCCUCAAGAGAACCCUCUUUGGCCAACCCUGACCAUGCAGGAGCAUCUGGAGAUUUAUGCAGCAGUGAAAGGGCUGAGGAAAGAAGAUGCUGCUGUCACCAUCUUUCAAAUAGUGAAGGCUCUGGAACUUCAGAAGUAUUUUAAGAAAGCAGCCAGGGAAUUACCUGCCUGGAUAACAAGGAAGCUGUGUUUAGCACUCAGCCUCCUGGGUAAUCCAACAGUUGUGCUCUUGGAUGAGCCAUCAGCUGGAAUGGACCCAAGGGGACAAAGUCAAGUGUGGAAGGUGAUUCGCAGUGCACUGAAGAGCAAGCAGCAAGGAGCCAUUCUGACAACCCACUGCAUGGAGGAGGCAGAGGCGGUGUGUGACCGAGUGGCCAUUUUGGUGUCUGGUUGGAUCCAGUGCAUUGGCUCCAUUCAGUACCUGAAAAGCAAGUUUGGCAAAGGUUACCUACUGGAGAUUAAAUUGAAGGACUCUGAGCAAGCUGAUCAGCUCCACACAGAGAUUCUGAAGAUCUUCCCACAAGCAGCUCGCCAAGAACGGUUUUCCUCUUUGUUAGUCUACAAGGUACCAAUGGAAGAUGCCCUGCCACUGUCCCAGGCUUUCUCUAAGAUGGAGAGAGCCAAAAGAUCCUUUGGCUUUGAGGAAUACACCUUCUCCUUGAACACUUUGGCACAGAUGGUCCUAGAACUUUCCCAAGAACAGAAGGAUAACUCUGAUCUGGAUUUGGAUGGAAAUUUUGAACAAAACCUAUUUCAGCAGGAAGACCUCUAAAAACACUCAAGGGUUUCAUUUUUAUCUUAAGCAGUAUUUUGAAAAUGUGUGAUUUGAUAUUGCAUAUGCUUCCUAUCAGCAUAAUAUGAUUAUCUAGGUAGAAAGAAGCCUGGCACCCAGUUCUGCAGCAUCUGCCCUUUGGAAAAGGAAAAUUGCUUUCCCUAAUUUAGUCUGUGGAAUGUAGAAAAGUUGGUGUUCUCAGGAAAAACUGUUCAACAUGCAAUAUGUGGCAGAUGAAAAACAAGUCAAUAGAUUUACAGAUAGGCUGGGAAAAUAAUACAGAUGUGAAAUAAUUCUGUGAAAUGAAUUGUCAAAUAAAAGAUUUGUGCUCUGAAUACAUCUACACUGUCCAUCCAGAGGACACUGAGCCAGAUCUUCAGGUCAUGCAAAUCAAUGGAGCAAGGCCAGUUGACACCUGCUGAGAAUGUGCCUUCCCUGUUUAUAAAAAUCAUCUAAACCAUGGAGUAUGAACAUAUUCCUCCCCCGUCAUACUAAAGGAACCAACUGAAACGUCUCAGAACCAUUAGCAGUUAACUAGCAGUUAUCAUGCUGCUCAUGGGAGGUCCCAGAUUACUGAAGAAGAACAAGACAGAUGCUUUAUUUAAAAGGUUGAGAAAGGAGGACUCAGGGAAUUGUAGCUCAGUCUGUUUAGUUUGAUAUGUGGAACAAAUUAUUAUAGUAGAACUAACUAGUAAAAAGUCAAUUUAUGAACAUAAAAGGUACAGGAUAAAAUGGAUAAAGAGGAAGCAGGAAAUGUGAUAUAUCUUGAUGCUAGAAAGGCUUUGUUCACUGCUCCUACAUGACACUGUUGUAAGGAAUUGGGGGAAUAUGGUUUAGGUGAGACCACUGCAAGAAAGGUAUACAACUAGCUGAAAACAACCAGCUUCAAAGAGGGACUUUCCAUAGUUCGCCUCAAGGUCUAAGGAUGUUUCCUUGAGCUUCCUUAAAUACUGAAAUACUACUCAGCAUUUCUCUAAAUCACUUGGAUGACAAGCUAGAGGUUGCAUUUAGUGAAAUCAGUGGGUGACAAGCUGAGAGGGGUCAUCAUAAUUUUGAAGGACAGCAUUUGAUACAGGCUGUGCAACUUGCUCCUGAGCCAGAAAUAGAGCAGAGAAUCAAGUGUUCCACCCCCAUGGGCUUUGCUCCGCAUUGUGAGAACUAAGCACUUCGGAGAACCUGGACUAAUAUCCCUAAGACUUCUUCAUGUUAAGAUGUGCUUUCUUUAUUGUUUUCUUUCCAUUUUUAUACUCUGCCAAUAAAAUUCUGGUUUUGUUGAAACAGAAGUUUUCAGUGACAGCAUGGAUUUCCAAAUGGAUCACAUCUCCAAGAGAUACUUAAUUUUUUUCAAAGACACAACUCGCAGCAGUAAAAAAAGGUGGUUUUCCUCUUGGCUGCCAGCCCUGCACACUCAGGCUGUGUUCUAAACACAAGGCUGUUUCCUUGCAGGCCAGUAUCUCAUGGCCAAUGACAAACAAUUCUGCAAACUCUACUGUCAGGGACCUCAGUAUCCUCUUAUGUUUCCUCCAGUUAUAUUUAUUUAACACCAUUCUGCAUGCAUGUCCAAAUCCUCAUUGCUUUCAGUCAGAUUCCUUUCUUAGAGCCCUCUAUUGUUUUUGCCAUAAGAACAAGAGUAACAGAAGGUGUAUUUUUGUCAACACCCCAUUUUUAACAGCAGAAAAAUGAGCUGAUUUGAGGAAAUAAUGAAAAGUGGCUACUUUAUGAAAAAACAUGUCAA